ACUUGUGUGCACUUUUUCCACGCAGUUAGGAGCGUUUACUGUCAUGGCAAGUUGCAGGAAACGAUUCUCGGUCGUUUCGAUAACGGCUCUAUCGAAUUUAGACGUUUGUUCAUUCACGUAUAGGCGCUGUUAGUGCAUUGUAUCUAUCCUGGCUGGCAUGACCGAGAAAGAUUAGUUAGCAUGCUAGCAAGCUAGCCACACAUCCUCAGCAUCACACAGCGAGCACGCCUGCCAGUGACAGUGUGGUUGCAGGUUCCUAGGCAGACAUGGGCAAACUACAGAGCAAGUUUCGCAAGAGGUCUGAGCUCUACAGGGCAUCUCAGGGGGAGAAAGCAGAUAACACCUUUGACAGUCAGGUGGUGCAGUAUGAACCUGCACAUCAAGGAUGUGUCAACACUGUCACCAAUCUCAGCCCAGAUCUGUGUGUUUCUGGUGGAAGUGACCAGACGGUGGUGGUCUAUGACUGGAAACAAGGCCAGAUGUGUCAGUCCUUCCAGGGUCACAACCGAGAGGUCUCCAAGGUGGUGUGUUAUCCAGGCAGUACAUGGAUCUUUAGUGCCUCACGGGACAAGACUGUUCUGAUGUGGGACAUAAACCAGGGGGACGAACCUAUUCAGGAAUAUUGUGGGCAUGAGUUGGUGGUCAAUGGAGUAGCUAUCAGUCCUGAAGGGACAAAGCUGUGUACAGGUUCUCGGGACAACUGGAUGUGUCUGUGGGACAUUGAAUCAGGAAAAUGUGAACAGAGGCACAACAUUUCAAGAAACCUGGUGACUCAUGUGUGUUGGGUGCCAAGCAGCUCCUCUAUAGUCCAGACCUCUGAGGAUAAGACCAUAAGGGUGUGGGACAGCCGUGCAUGGCAGGUGACCAACACUUUCCCAGCCAAGCAAUACAUCCAGACCCACUGUGACGUUUCUGAAAAUGGACACUACUUGGUGUCCAGCAGCAACGGCUUUGGAGGCCAGGGCUGUGAAGCCACGCUCUGGGACCUGCGUCAGCCUGGCUGUAAGGUUGUGGAGUAUAGAGGUCAUAACCAGACCACAACCAGCUGUGUGUUUCUGCCUACACCUCCUGGUGGCACAGCUCAGGUAGCAACGUCCUCCCAUGACUCCUCUGUCAAAAUCUGGGACCAGAACACAGCAGUUUGUUUAGGGACACUGUGUCUGGAUGGUGCUGGUCCACUGAUUGCUCUGGCUCCAACUGAGUCCUCCAGUCUGCUGUGUGCCAGUUUCAACAACGGCAUCCAUCAUAUUCAGGUGAGCCAGGGAUCAAACCAGGCUCAGGGCUCUGGGGCAGGUUCAGGUGGAGCUGGCGGACUGGACAUUAAAGUUGUGGCACGCUUCUGAAAGCCCAGAAGAGCUUGAUGUGACCUGACCUGAUCUGUGAACAUCCAUUGGUACAGUGAGCACUAUCACUGGA